ACUUUCAGUACUUUCCCUCCAGGCCUGGCUCUCUCUUCGCCCGAUUCUCUCUCGAUUUCUUUGAUCGUUCGUUCCUUUCGGCAGAGGAUCGACUUUCGUUUUCGCUGAAGACCGAGCCACCGAUGAUCGAUUGUUCAAGAUAUGGUUCCCUUCCUUUGAUGGCCAAAAGAACAACAAAAGCGGAUAUGAUUGAUUCUUAUUUAAACGAUCUGUGUUCGCUGUACUAUCAAGCGUGUUUGAUGCCCUCGAGAUUGCUAGGAAGCGGGACAUGCUCAUCGUUUGUGUCCAUUUCUUUCUCUUUUCUUUUUUAACAUUUUUUUUUUCCUUUGAAGUAAACUCGCUGUGAAAAUACCUAAGAGGUUUCAAAAAUAUCAAGAACGAAAGUAGCUUCUAGUUAUAGAUAGAUGAAGUUUUUCUAAUUGCAAGAGAUUAUUCCCGUUCUUCUCAAAUGCUUGUCAAAUUACUCUGAUGUGAAAAUGGAACUCGAGAGCCCUGUUUGGUAGUUGAGAAAAUAUUUGAUAUAAUGAAAUGUGAUGUGAUAAGAUAUUUAAGUUGAAAAAAGAAAGAACCUAAAAUUUCAACAAUCUUACGCAGGAAAUCGAACUAAAUGAGGGGGGAAUUAGAAAAUAUUGUUAUUUGUGAUCUCUUUUAUGUUUUUACCUGAUUGUUGUGCACCUUGACGCUGCUUAGUACCAAGUCCGUGCGCAAUUUGAAUUUGAUAUUGAUGUUAUUUCGUAGCUCAAUAGCUUAUCACUUUCGUGCAGUUCUUAGUCAUUAGAAGCGCUUGUUGCAAGAUACUAUGUUAUUGUUUGUUUUGCUAUACAUAAACAUAUAGAAUGCAACUCCAUUUCUAAAGCUAUUGAAAAUAAAAUGUGCACCAUUUGAUAUUGAUAGAAAAUCCACGAUCCCAUGUUUAAACAACUCAAAUUCUUUGCCUUAUCCAAUUGUUUGCCUAAUCCGAUUCAUUUCGAGACCUGUUAUCUCUGGUUUUCAAUUUUCAGUUCCCAUUUCUUGUGAAAAUGAGUGAAAUUCUUCGCAUCCAACGAGGCCAAUGUGGGGAACCAGAUCGGUGGCAAGUUCUGGUGAGUUGUUUGUGCUGACUAUGUUAUCGACCCCAUCGAUUAAUGCAUACUACAAUGAGGUCAGUUGCUGGAGACAGAAUUCAUAAAUUUAUUGAAUGAACUCUUUCAAUACCUGAGUUCUACUGAUUGCAAUUCACUCGGGUUGUUUAAUCCUUAGAAGAGUUUAGUUUUCCUUCUCACAUUUUCAGUAUUUCCCUCCGCUUUCUUUUACCGUUCCUUUUCUCUCUGAAUGCCCAAAAUGACAAUAAUCCAUUCCCUUUCUUCGAACAGAUAAUUUUAUUACUUCCACUCCCCCCCUCCCCCCCUCCCCCCAUUUUUUUUCCUUUCAUCCGUUCGUCUAACGGGGCUUCUUCAACAUUGUUCCGCAUUCUUCAUUUUCCGGCGGCAUCUUGAACGCUUCUUACGGCGCCCGAGGCUUGAACGAAACAAGAAAGUAGAAUAUGGCCUUUCCAGCCAUUGGAUUUUACGGUAACCCCUUCUUUCCAGCCACGGCUCUCCGGUGAACGAUGACUGUCAACCUGUUUGACCGGCACUAAUGCAGCAGAAGCCCACCGUUUACCUUUUGGACUUUUCCGAGUUGACUCUGAAAUCAAUAUAAUAAUAAUAGAAAAUGUAUGUUUUAAUUGACCGUGAAAACCUACCGGGACAAUCAAAUUCUGUCCAUAAAUACCGAAUCAACCACUAACUAAUUCUCACAUCAAGCCUUAGAUAUUUCUAACAUUUUCAAUAUGGAAAUUCAAUUUUCUUCUUCAUUUGCCUGCUCUCUUCUCAUAAUUCUCGUCUUCCUGGGCUGUUAUUCUGAAGCAACUGCUGGCCGUGGCGGCAUUGGCGGCGGAAUUGCGACCUAUUGGGGCCAGAACAUAAGAGAGGGGCGGCUGACCGCCGCUUGUGCCACGGGGAAGUUUAAAAUCGUCAACAUAGGGUUCCUCUCCACGUUUGGCAACGGUCAGCUGCCGCAAGUAAACCUAACGCGCCACUGCAGUCCCAUCUGCAACGGCUGCUGGAAUGUGAGUGCUGGCAUCGUCAACUGCCAAAACGACGGCGUUAAAGUCAUGCUAUCCAUCGGCGGCCCUCAUGGAAACUACUCCCUCUCCUCUGGCGCCGAGGCUCUAGACCUGGCCGACUACAUAUGGAAUAACUUCCUCCACGGCCACUCCACUUCACUACGGCCAUUCGGUUAUGCACCAUUGGACGGCGUGGAUUUCAGGAUUGAGCGCGGGGAGUUCUCUCCCUACUACACUCUACUUGCUCGGAGGCUAUACGACUACGGCCGGCAAUGGGGUCGGAAAGUAUACCUCACGGCGGCUCCAGGGUGCUGUUUUCCCGACAAUUACUUAACCAAAUCGCUUUACACCGGACUUUUCGACUAUGUUUGGAUUAGAUUUUUCAACGACAGGCAAUGCCAGUACAAUUCCGGCGAUCCAUCUGUGUUCCGGAGGUCGUGGAUGCAGUGGAUACAUUCAAUUCCGGCAAGAAAAUUUUACGUGGGAAUUCCGGCGUCUGAAGAAGCCGGUGAUGGGUACGUGACGCCGGCGGUGCUGAUAAGGGACGUGCUGCCAUUUGUUAAAAGAUCCGCUAGCUACGGGGGCGUUAUGCUUUUCGACUUGUCGAAUGAUGUUCAAACGAACUAUAGCUCUUCAAUCAGCGGCAGGGUUUGAAAUCUCAAGAUAUUGUUGUUCUCUUUUAGUUUGGUUAGAGCAUUAAAAGUUGAUUAAUGAAUAAGUUAAAUUGAUUGGCA